CUGUUUGGUGGUUCCCACAUUUACAAGUUUGAUGACGACCAAAGCAGGUUCAAUAAGUUCCAGGAUAUCGAAGUGUCCAAGAUCUCUAAGCCCAAUGAUAUUGAGGCCUUCCAGAUUGCUCUGAUUGUUCUUUUCACUGCACGAGUGGUACCGCGACACGGAUGUAGAGUUUCUGGACUUGGAUGGGAAAGCUCACCUUAUUCUAGCGAGCCGCUCACAGUUCCAGUGAUCUACCAGUGGAGCCGGAGCAACCAGAAGUUCAUCCUGCAGGGUGAGAUCCCCAACAUGGAGGAUGUAGUGGUUGUGAAACACUUCCGGAUCAAGGAGGAGCUCUACCUGGCUAUGACGCGGUAUAUCGGUGAUUCCAAAGUUCUGCGUUGGGGCACCAAACAGUUUGCUGAGAUCCAAGCUUUGCCCUCUCGAGGCUCCAUGAUUCUCCAGCCGUUCUCUUUCAAGGAACGUUACUAUCUGGCUCUGGGAAGCGACUACACCUUCUCACAGAUCUACCUGUGGGAUGAGGACAACAAAUCUUUGACCGCUUUAAGGAGAUUCAUUGAGAGUAACAAACUAGAGACUACAUCCAAAUAUGCCUUCAGAGGACUCAGGGACCUGACUCACUUGUCUUUGGCAAACAAUAACAUUAAAGCCUUGCCCAGGGACCUCCUCAUUGACCUUGACUCCCUUAUAGAGCUGGACCUGCGAGGCAAUGCCUUUGAAUGUGACUGCAGAGCCAAGUGGCUUAUGACGUGGUUAAAGAACACCAAUGCCACAGUGUCGGAUGUUGUGUGUGCUGGACCAGAGGACAUGAAGGGCAAGCGCCUCAAUGAUAUGACCAGCCUGCAGAAUGAGUGUGUCUCCACAGAUUUCAUCCUUCAUCAGUCUGUUGCCUCAGAAUCGUUGUCUGUUGACACAUUCAGCUAUAAGAAUGAUGUCUACGUGGCCAUUUCUGCUCCCAGCACAGAGAGCUGUAUGAUUUUCCAGUGGGACCACAUAGAAAUGAACUUCAGGACUUAUGAUAACAUCACAGGUCAGUCCAUUGUGGGGUGCAAAUCUGUCGUCAUCGAAAAUGAGGUGUUUGUCAUUGUGGCUCAGCUGUUUGGUGGUUCCCACAUUUACAAGUUUGAUGACGACCAAAGCAGGUUCAAUAAGUUCCAGGAUAUCGAAGUGUCCAAGAUCUCUAAGCCCAAUGAUAUUGAGGCCUUCCAGAUUGGCUCUGAUUGGUUCUUUGUGAUUGCUGACAGCUCAAAAGCUGGCCUCUCCACCCUCUACAAGUGGAAUGAUAAUGGCUUUUAUUCGUACCAGUCACUGCACGAGUGGUACCGCGACACGGAUGUAGAGUUUCUGGACUUGGAUGGGAAAGCUCACCUUAUUCUAGCGAGCCGCUCACAGGUUCCAGUGAUCUACCAGUGGAGCCGGAGCAACCAGAAGUUCAUCCUGCAGGGUGAGAUCCCCAACAUGGAGGAUGUAGUGGUUGUGAAACACUUCCGGAUCAAGGAGGAGCUCUACCUGGCUAUGACGCGGUAUAUCGGUGAUUCCAAAGUUCUGCGUUGGGGCACCAAACAGUUUGCUGAGAUCCAAGCUUUGCCCUCUCGAGGCUCCAUGAUUCUCCAGCCGUUCUCUUUCAAGGAACGUUACUAUCUGGCUCUGGGAAGCGACUACACCUUCUCACAGAUCUACCUGUGGGAUGAGGACAACAAAAUCUUUGACCGCUUUAAGGAGGUGUACAUCCAAGCCCCACGCUCUUUCACCGUGGUAUCUACCGACCGCAGGGACUUUAUUUUUUCCUCGAGCUUCAAGGGAAACACGCAGAUCUUUGAGCACAUCAUCAUCGACCUGAGCUUGUGAGGGGCUGUGCCUUAUCGUCCCGUCUGAAAUCAAAUGUCUUCCACUUGAAAGACAAAUUCAAGAAGGAAAAAAAAAGAGAAAGGACCUUAUGAACUGUUAAAUAUCCACACCUUCAUAGAUUUCACUCACAAAUUAGAGCUGGGUCAAGAUAUAUUGUGACUAUUUCUGAAUGGCCUUGCACUCAUGGAUCCUCAGACUUUCUGAAGUACUACCCUUUCAUAACUACUACUAUUCUCUUAAAAAUACCACUGAAGUUCAUGACGGGUUAAAAAAAGAGACAUUUAAUUGAAUCUAUCUGGAUUUAUCUUUUUUGUUUAAUAUCUUUCUCUUAGUAGUUUUAUGCAGCUAUAAAAAUACAUCAGGACCUGAAUGAACGUAACAAAUUUAUUCUGAUUUGCGGUGACUGAUGAUGGAUUGAAUGAUUUUGCCACCUACCUGUAUCCUCAUACCCUGUGGUAACGUACAGUACCUUGCCUUAUCAACACUGGGGUCUUUUGUUUGAUGGUUACACAGUGCCUCCUUCUGGCCGUGAUGAAGUACCACACCCCUCUGCUCUUUCCAUUACAGGGAAUGUCUAGAAAGCACAAACCUUUAAUUAUCAUAGCUGAGAUCAUAGAGUGUAGCCGUUUGUUGGAAGGUGUCUUUGUAGAUGUUGUAGAUUAUAAUGCAUAGAGUAGGAAGCAGUGGUUUGUUGUUACAGUUAGUAAAAUAUCCAGGACUUGACCUUAUACAAAUUCAUUAAUGGAGAAUCACCAUUUAGAUACAACUUCUAGAUCUGCUGUAAUAUAAUGUGGCAAAGUACAGAGAAACUUUAUCAGUAUUGCAAAGGAGCUGUGUUUAGAUGAUGUCAGGGAAAAUAAACCUCCUGAUAUGUUUAAAAGAAAAACUGUUUUGCCCAGUUAACAAUAUUUUUUUUACUAACAUCUGAAGUCAGAAGCAUCAGAGGCAGAAUUUGUAUGACCACAAGGAAGGAAAAUAAAUGUACAUGUAAAUAUAUCUUCAAGCUUACUGAAUUUUUUUUCAAACUUUCAUUCUGCUUUUGGAAAUGCUGAAUGUUGACAAGCUCCAAAAUGUACAUAAACCAAGGAUUGUAAUGUCACCACCUGUUUGAAUGGACCUUUGCACUUACAAAACUCAAAUGUUACUGCAGCCUGCAAGAGCAUGACAUUCAAAAAAGGGUGUUUGCCAAAUUCUUUUUAGAUAAACCUAACAAAGACUAAAAGUGCUUCUAGGUUAACAAUAUGCAAGCAUUACAAUUCUUUUGUAUGAUUUUGUUUAAACCUAAUGAAUGUUCCUCUUACAAAUAUGAUGUAAUGUCAAAAUAAAUCUGUGAAAACAUGACAAGUUUAUUUAUCCACUGUAGUGAUUAAUCACUGAUACUGAUCAUUAAAAAUAAAACUUCCCUUCUUUCCCUAAAAAACCCCAAAACCCCAAAAACGGACAUUAUGAUUGUAAAGUUGCACAAAGAAAGAAGAAACAUUCAGUACUGUCUGGUGUUUGAAUGGUCACAGAUGCAAAAUUGUAAAACCUUAUAAUGUGCAGUGUGUAUGCAAUCUAACCAGCAUUAAAAUCUCACCAUUAUAUUCUGGCGUUCACAUGUCAGUAUUUCAGACACUCAAACACUUAAACAUCUCAAACCCACUGUCAAAUAUGCUGGUUCAAGUGUGGUGAUUUGAGCUUCUUCUGCAGACACAAGCAAUAAAGCACCUUGCAGUCAACGAACUCCUCUGUAUGCCAAAGUGUUUUAGAGUCAAAUGUGAGGCUGUCUGUCCGACAGAUAAAGCUUCUCCUAAAUUAGGCCAUGCAACAGGAUAAUGACCCCAAGCACAGCAGCAAAUCUACAUCAUGGAAGUCCAGACCUCAACCUGACUGAAAUGCUG